AUGACUCCCCUCAAGAGCGGGAUUAAACCGUGUCUUCCUCUCGCCAUCUCCGCCUCGAAACUUUUGCCACUAGAGCAUGCCAUAGCGGGCAGCGCGGACGCAUGGCAGGCCGCGCCGCCGGGACCUGGCCACGCCGCACCAGCCGAUGACAGAGUGCGGCCUCGCAGCACGAAGAUCAACGAGCGGCCGCCCGGCAAUAACUUGCCCCGCGGCCGCUACUGCCGCCAAAGUGCUCCAGGAGCCCCUGCCCCUCACGCCCCUACACGCCCCCGCCCUGCUCGUCACAACCCUCCGCCCGCCUCCUCUGCCCCCGCCCCUGCCCGCCACCCCUGCCCCUGCCCCUGCCCCCGCCCCUGCCCGCCACGCGCCUCCCCCGAGCCUCUGGGGCGACUCUACAGGAGGAGGAGGAUAGCCGGCGGCCGGGACUCUGCAAGGAGACGCGAUCCCUCGCCGCCCCAGGAGGCCAGCUGCGGCGGACACGGACCGAAGGCGCAGGGGCAGGGGCGGCAGUGGCCGCCGGAGACUCUAGGAGCCACUAGCAGCAGGGAACCACUAGGAGCUUCUAGGAACAUCUAG